UCUGCUCAGCGUCAUGAGCUCAAACUCUCUUUCUGAUGUUUUGGAGAAGCAGAUUCGAAGCUUGUGUCUGAAAGACUUUCCGUGUGGAGAGGGCAGAUGGAGAAAGACCGGAGACGAUGCAGACGGAGCAGAGACAGAAUCAGCGGACGCCCUCCUGGACCUGGUGAGCUGUCCUCGCUCUCCGUGGCGGCUCGAUGAAGCGUGGAGCCCUCAGGCUGCGUCCCUGAGACGGCUGGCCGUGCUCACGCCCGAAUGCCUCCACACAGACUUCAUUCACAGCUACUUCACAACGCUCCGCAUAGUGAACAGAGACGUUUCAGUUGUUGAUGACGGUCUGUUGAAGUUCUCAAAGCUGGAGGAGCUGGUGCUGAGUGCCAACCAAAUCUCAGAAAUCCCUGCUGAGAACCUCCCCGCCACGCUGAAGAUUCUGGAGCUCUGUGCAAACCGGCUGACUUCUCUGAGCAGCCUCACCCGUCGACCGCUUCCUCACCUGCAGCAUCUGGGCCUCAGUUCCAACUGUCUGGGUUCCCAGGAGGAUAUUUCCUCCCUGACAGGAAAGCACUGGCCUCGGCUGGUGAGUCUGGACCUCAGCGACUGUGAGUUUCAGCACCAGCAGGAGCUCCUGCAGGCCCUGAGCUCCCUUCCGCUGCUCAAGACGCUGGUGCUGGAGGGGAACCCCCUCACCCUCACGCCCUGCUACCCGGGCCUCGCCGUGGACAGCCUCCCGCAGCUCUCCUGUCUGGACUCCUCCUGGAUCUCUCCUGAGGAGAGGCUUCUCUUCAAGGGCUUUUCCGAGAUGAACGAUGUGAAAGUCGAUGUGGCAGCGGCCACGGUGAACGUGGGCAGGACGAGGGGAAUCCCAGACCCCGCCACGAGGGUGGAUGACAAGGCUCCCGACUUCCCUGUUGUCACAUACAGCUAUUUCAUCACCUACGAGUUUCUGAGUCAUCAAAUGAGUUCUGACAUGAAAGUCAGCAGUGAGACUAAAUUAGAGGGAUCAUCCACCGGCCAGGUGACAGAAGGAGGCUCGAGUGAGGCUGAACUCCAGUCGGACUGUGACGGAGACACACUGAAAACCGCGACUGAAGCCUCCAGCGAGGAGAGCUGCCUCAACGCCCCACACGUGUUCAAACACAGCACGUCAGGAGUGCCGUGGUCGGAGUGCAUGGACUUCAGCAACUCUCAGACUUUCACCAUCAGGUCGUUGGGUGACUUCAAGAAAUUCCUCAGCCAAGGGAUCUGUGUCAGGCUGGAAGAGGAAAAGGUGCUGUCAUGGCCUGCACCUUCUGACGAUUUGCCAACAGUCAAACCGAGCCGGUCUGUGAAGGAGAAGAAAGGCGUGAAGGAGAAAGAAUUUCCGGUGAAGUCUGCACACAGCAAAGAGAAAAAGAAGAAAUGUGCACCGGAGCUGGUUCAAGAGGCCCCGGUCAGGAGGAUCCUGGGCUCGGCUCACGUCCCGCUGCAAAGCCUGGUCAGGGGGGGUCAGAGAGUUCAGGCAGUCUGUGACCUCGGUGCCCUUCAGGCUGAAUCCCAAAUCCAGAUGACACAGCCGCCUCAAACGGAUGAGGGGAAAAAAAUCAAAGAAGACAAGAAAAAGGAGGAGAAGGACUCAAAACGUAGAGGAGGCAGUGGUACGGGACAGAGGAACGUGGCAUCUUCAAAAGCUAAAAGAAAGGGAAAGAAGGACGGCGGUCUGGACGACCUCCCAGAUGACCCUGCGUGUGUCCGGCUGGAGUCCGUCACCGUGGAGCUGAGCGUGCAGCUGGAGAAGUGGCGGUUGGCAUCUGAAGCCCGCCGCCUCUGGCCGGCCUGCUGAA